AUGGCUGGUAACAACAACAACCGCCUCAUCCGAAAGGACGUUGAGAAUCUCACUGAGGAUGAGAGGGACAAGUUGGUUUUCGCCUUCUAUAAGCUCCAGCAAGAGCACCCGGGCAUGCCCUCAGAUUUGAAUGAGAACUCCUUCUACGUCAUCGCGGGAUACCAUGGCCAACCUUUUCGUGGUGGAGGCGAUGUGGCCAUUCCUUAUUGGAACGAAUUCAUGGACGCGGGAGUCCCAUGUAUAUUCACCCAGAAGACCUAUACUUUCUCAGCAAAUUUUCCGAAGGCUAGCGAUAUCAACCGCGGAGAUAUUAAGAGCAAUGACAGCAAUGGAGUCACAAUCGACAACCCACUCUUCUCCUACAGACUUCAACAGGGCUUUUACGAUAAGCUAGCUCGGACAUCCACCAAUGGGAAGGGAACAACCAAAAGGAUCGAUUACAGCAAGCACAAAGAUUAUGAAACAACAAAUGUGAAGGCCUGGCUUUUCAAACCUAGUUCGGACAAUGUCCCUGUGCCCGGCAUGAGUGAACUGUACAUGAGGGCGGCAAAACUGGCGCCCAACUACACUGUAUUCUCCAACACAACCUCGGCAGCGAAGUGGAAUGACGACAACUUCGCUGGUCAGGACUACUCGAAAACCGAUUUGGCUGUCGCCCUGGAGAAGCCUCAUAACGGAGUACAUUUGGCGGUGGGGGGAUAUAGCCUACCCAAUAAGGACCUAAAUCGGCCAACUUUUGCCUUCGCAAACGGCGACAUGGGGGAGAAUGACACAGCCGCCUUUGAUCCUAUCUUCUUUUUCCACCACUGCUUUGUUGAUUAUGUCUUCUGGCUGUGGCAGAAGAAUUACGGAGCGACCGAAAAGCUGACAAUCAUCGAUGACUAUCCCGGAACUAGCCCCAUUGAUAACCAAGGUCCUACACCCUUCACACCGGCGGAUUCACGCUUGAGUAUGGAGACUCCAUUGGUCCCAUUCAAAAAUGACAAGAAUAUAUACCUGAAGUCUGAGGAUGUGGUAAACAUCAGAGAGUACGGGUAUGACUAUCAAGAUGCCGAGCCCCCUUCGCCUAUUCCCCCGGUCCUACUACCACCACAAAUGGAAGCAGUAAGUGCUAAAAAAGCAUGGAGCGGUGGCGAUACUGCUCUGCCUGUUGUGCGCCUAUCUGGGAUCAGCCGGGCACACCGGCAGGGCUCUUUCGUUGUCGGCGUGUGGGCAAAGCCAAAAAAAGCCUCCGAAGAGAAAAACGUGUUGGUAGGUAUCGAGCCCGUCUUCAGUCGAUGGCAUGUCCCUAGCUGUGCCAACUGCCGCAACACCCUCGAGUUGACAACGCACAUGGAACUGCCUCCUCGCCUGGAAGUCCACAAGGAAAAUAACACAACACUGGCCAAGAUUGAGCCUGCUGAGAGGCUGGAACACGCGAAAGAGCUUGAGUUUACGAUUCGAGUGCUGGAAAACACGAACAGGGAUGCGAGUGGGGAUAAAAAACCAACUAUCAUGGAAUUUGCCAUUGUCAAGGCUGCCGAGCACGAGCCUUCCAAGGCCUGGAACGUCCCUGACAAUACACUGGAUUUGGGUCCAACUAUUGAAGUGAUGCCAGCCAUUGGAGGGUUUGUUGGGGUUUCGUAUCAGGUGAUAUAG